AUGCCUUGGCUCUCGGCCCUAGAGGGCCAGCAGUGCUUGGACCGCUGGCUGCUGCAGCGCGCGGAGCCCUUGGCGGACUGCGUGGUGAACGACGCGCGAGGGGACUGCCAGCCGCUGGAUCCCAAGCACCCGGAGCGGUGGUACCUGCCGCCAGCGGGCAGCCAGACCCAGGUGGCGGGCAACGACUUUAAUGACUCGAUGGCCUCCAGCUAUCCGAGCUCUGGGGAGGUGCAUCGGAUGCGCUACAAGAUCCCGGAGGGCUUGACUUGCACGAGCUGCACACUACAGUGGUACUGGUCCACCGGCAACAGCUGUUACUACGACGGGGACUACAUCGACUACUUUCAGGGUAUCGCAGCAGAGGGCUGGGAUUCGGAGACGCCCAGGAAGUGGCAGCCACUGGUUCUCCAGCCCUGGGUCUCCUGCGAGAACCGAUGCUGCAACAAUGAGCGCCAUGCCUUUGGCGGGAUGACCUUUGCCGAAGAGUUCUGGAAUUGCGCGGACAUUGCGGUGGUGUCCGGGGGCACGACCGAGUCCACCACAGCCACAGCAUCCACCACUGCAGCAUCCACCACGGGCGCUUCCUUUGCGCCGGUGGAUGGCGGAGAGGGCCGCGCCUGCCGCGGCGCAACUGCCUCUGACAACGCAGUGAGCCACUACGAUGUGGUCUCCGCAGAGUCGCUGGAGGAGUGCAAAGCCAAGUGCGUGGCGAACCAGGGGUGUGUGGGCAUCGAAUUCUCGGGGAAGCGCUGCGAGCUGUGGACACGCGCGGCGGGCAUCGAGGCCUCCAUCCCUUUGAACGGCUUCACAUGCCUGCGACACCCCACCAACAGUCUCCGAACUGAGGCGCCUCCGGAUAUGGGCACCUUCCUUCCCGUGGACGGCGGCCAAGACCGCGCCUGCCGCGGUGCCAGCGUCAAUGACAACAACCCCCAGCACUACACGGCGCGGGGCUUGGGUCCCGUCACGAUGUGUUCGGGGGGAUGGGGCGAAUUUUGUUAG